CAUGGCGCAGGUGAAUGGGGUCCCUCGUCCUGGGGCCGCCCUGGGCCAGCCCUGCAUCUUCAAGUUGGUUCUCCUGGGCAGUGGCUCUGUGGGCAAGUCCAGCUUGGCUCUCUGGUAUGUGAAGAAGGACUUCAAGAGUAUCCUGCCCACUGUGGGAUGUGUGUUCUUCACCACGGUGGUGGACUUGGGGGCCGCGCCUCUGAAGUUUGAGAUCAUCUGGGAUAGGGCUGGUCAGGAGAAGUACCACAGCGUCUGCCACCUCUACUUCAGGGGCGCCAAUGCUGCGCUUUUGGUGUAUGAUGUCACCAGGAAGGAUUCCUUCUGCAAAGCACAGCAGUGGCUGAAGGACCUGGAGGAGGAGUUCCACUCUGGAGAAGUCGUGGUGAUGCUGGUCGGCAACAAGACAGACCUGGAAGAGGAGCGGGAGGUGACCUUGGAGGAAGGGAAGGAGUUUGCAGAGAGUCAGGGGCUGCUGUUCAUGGAAACCUCGGCCAAACUGAACUACCAGGUGACCGAGGUCUUCAACACCGUCGCCCGGGAGCUUUCGCGGAGAGAAGAGGGCAAGGAGGGCCAGAGGCGGCGAAGAGACGCUCCACUGACCCUGAGCGAGCGGCCCUCGCUGCGGGGCUGAUGCUGUGCCCACUAGAA